GCCCUGUCACUGCUAGAAGUUGGAAUGGCGAAAAGGUGGGUAGCAUUAUUUACAAGUUUCACAACUCGUGCAGUGCAUUUAGAAUUAGCAGAUGAUUUAUCUGCAGAAAGUUUUCUUACUGCGUUAAGAAGAUUCGUAGCACGACGAGGCUGUCCUAAACUAAUUUUAUCAGACAAUGCUAGCCAAUUCCACCUAGUCUAUCGAAUGAUCAAGAAACAAGAAUCACAAUUAACUUCACAAAUCCCGUUCAGUCUAAACGAAAAAGUCACAACAGGGCAGGCGAUCGACAUGGAAUGGAAAACAAGAGUGUUUUGGUUCGAAUUGCAUUUGGAUUAUUCUGAUUUGGUCUUGAGCGGUUGUAUUGCUAUUCCGCUGUAA